AUGGAAGCAAUUGGUGAGGAUUACUCUGUAGAAUCCAUAAAUGUUAGGAGGCCAUUCUAUGCCUUUCUCAAUGUCGGAUUUGUGAAAGCAUCGACUGGCAAUUGUAUGUUUGGUGUUCUGAAGAGAGCACUGGAUGGUAACUUGAACAUUCCCCACGGCGCCAAGAUGCAUGCAAAGUUAGAUUUAAAUGAGGCCAUGAGAUCAGUUGACUUCUUGCGUUUAGAAGCAGAUUUUGCUAUCUUGGAGCCACAUAUGAGGAAUAUAAUUGAAUACAUGUUGCAAGCCGACCAGGACGCUGAUGAUGAAGUUGCUCUUGAGUCUUCUCUAUUGUCAAAUAUGGCUUAUGCUGAGGAUGAUGAGUCACUUGCAGAUGCAGAGGAGGACGAGUCUAUCCCGGAUAGAGAUCAGGAUCUGAAGCCUCGCUUCCAUUCAUCACAAUCACAUGGACUAGAUGAUAUGAAGAACGAUGCGGAAUAG